AUGGCUCCUCCAUUCAUUUUCCUUGCAAUUCUCUUCACCACGCUCCACUCACUAUGCAUCUCUGCUCAGCCGGACAAUCCUCAGGGGACCAGGAUUACCAUUAUGGGUUCUGUGUACUGUGAUGCUUGCUCCACUUCCACUUUCUCCAAGCACAGUUACUUCUUGCCAGAUGCUGAGGUUCACGUUCAAUGCAUACUGAGAGCAAGCUCGCCAAGAACAGAGGAACAGAUCCACUUCUCAGUCAACAGAACCACCAACAAGUAUGGAGUCUACAAGCUCGAAAUCCCAAACGUCGAAGGAAUCGACUGCGUCGAUGAUGGCUCAGCUAUUCAAUCAAUGUGCCAAGCAAGUUUGAUCAAGUCCCCAGCUUCAAGCUGCAGCCUUCCUGGUCUCAGAACCACAACAGACCAAAUCUCGGUGAAAUCCAGACAGCAAAACAUCUGCAUCUACAGCUUCAGUGCCUUGAGCUACAAGCCAACCAAAAUUAACCAAACCCUUUGCAGCAAUUUGGAAGAAGAGUCUCUUCCUAGUCCUUUCAACUCUUCAAAGUUCUUCUUCCCUUUCUUCCCACCAUAUAAAUUUCCUUUCCCUUUCCCUCCUCUGCCUCAGCUCCCUCCACUGCCACCAUUCCCUUUCCCUCCAUUGCCCUUUCAGCCGCAGCCGCCUUCUCUGCCAUUUCCUUUCCCACCUUUGCCUCCUCUGCCUCAACUCCCUCCACUGCCAUCAUUCCCUUUCCCACCAUUCCCACCAGUGCCUUCUCUAUUUCAGCCACCUCCACCUCCUGCUUUCAAUCUAGGGGAUCCAAGAACUUGGGUUCCAAGCUUCCCUCCAUUUACACCUACUCCUGCUUCUUUCCCUCCACCGCCACCAGCUUUCAGUCUGGGGGAUCCAAGAACAUGGAUUCCAAGCUUUCCUCCAUCACCUCCUACUGCUCCACCAUAA